UCUUCCCCGCCUCCCCCCUCCCUGGGAAGAGUUAGAAUUGGACGCGCGCAGCGGGCUGUCUGACUUUGCCCGAGACGCCGACGCUUGGCAGACAGUGCGCGCGGCGGUGCGGUGUGGCGAGUGGAAGCCGGUUGUGUGUUUGCGCGCGCGGAGGGAACGCGCGUAAACCGCUGCAACUCUUGAGCCUUCCCUGAGGGGUGGGGAGGUCGACAGGGGCUUUAAGGAGCAUGGCAUUGACGAGAGGGCUCACACGCUGACAGAACUCGGACUUCGGCAGGAAAGCUGCAGUUUCAGAAACAGAAAAGUCGAUGGGGUUUAAAGUACGGCACACGUGUCUGCCACGAGCGACCCAGUAAACAUUUAAAAGGCAUUUUACUUCUUGUCCGGGACUGCCUGCCGGAGCAUUUUUUUACCCUGUGCCCGUUUUUUUGGUUGUCUCCAGCAACCUUGCAGACCAUGGAACAACAAGCCCCCGAUCCGUUCUACGACGACGUGAGAAAAUGUGGUUAUUUGAGAAAACAGAAAUCCAUGCACAAGCGUUACUUCGUGCUCCGCGGGGCCUCGGACAGGGGGCCGGCCCGUCUUGAGUGCUACGAGAACGAGAAGAAAUUCCGUGCCAAGGCCCCCGUCCCCAAGAAGGUGCUGAACCUGGAGACGUGCUUCAACAUCAACAAACGGGCCGACGCCAAGAACAAGCACCUGAUCGUGCUGUACACCCGUGAGGAGAGCUUCUCUAUCGCGGCCGAGAGUGAAGCGGAGCAGCAGGGCUGGUACGAGGCCAUGCUGCAGCUGCAGUGCCAGAGUAAAAUCCAUGGGGAGAAUGUUGAAUAUGGGGUAGCUGCUCCUGGGCCUGCCUUCAAAGAGGUAUGGCAAGUUAAAGUCUGGCCAAAGGGACUUGGCCAAGCAAAAAAUCUGGUGGGCAUUUACCGGCUCUGCCUCACAGACAAGACUGUGAACUUUGUCAAAAUCAAUUCAGAUGCAGCUGCUGUUGUUCUCCAGCUAAUGAAUGUUCGGCGUUGUGGACACUCUGAGAACUUUUUCUUUGUUGAAGUUGGUCGCUCUGCAGUUACAGGACCUGGUGAGUUUUGGAUGCAGGUUGAGGAUUCUGUUGUUGCACAAAACAUGCAUGAGACACUUUUGGAAGCUAUGAAAGCCCUAAAUGAAGAAUUUCGGCAACGAAGCAAAAGUCAGUCCUCUUCUACAUCGUCCAACCCUAUCACUGUUCCCUCAAGAAGGUACCACCCUAAUCCCCCACCAAGCCAAGUUGGGUUCUCGCGCAAAUCCAGAAGUGAAACUCCAAACCCAGCUAGCAAUGUUUCACCAACACAAGUCUCAAAAAUUAGCUUUCCUAGGGGACGCACAUCUAGUGAUGGGAGUCGGUCUAAUCAUGAAGAAGGAAGCUGUGGAAGUCCAAUCAAUUCGUGUUCCACUACCCCCACUUUAAGGCCAAAAUCUUCACGGGCCAAAUCAUCCUCCAAAACUGUGCCAAACCAUGUCAAAUCAACUCCAGUGUGUACAGCUCCCUCACCAGCCCCUAGUCCUGCAAGUCUUUCCUCAAGCAGUGGCCAUGGCUCUGAAUGUGGAGCAUAUGCUAGAGGAGUCAGUGUUAGUGAAGCCUCAGUUUCUGGAUCCCUAAGUGAUUAUGGGUCAUCAGAUGAAAGUGCUUGUAGCCCUGGUGAUGCUCCACUUUUGCAUGGUCAUUUAGCUUCUGAUCUUUUGAAUACAUGCCCUUUAACUGGGGAUAAGAUGGCCGACUAUAUCACCAUGGGUAGAAGGGGUGGACACAGUCUAAUGCAGCAUCCACCUCCUCCCAGAAGAAUCCUGCGACGUUCUUCAAGCAGAGAUGGUGAGGCUGAACGUAGGUUGUUGAGUAAACGGGCAUCUCUUCCUCCAAUGUCUCUUGAAAAGGUAACUCCAGGACUGUCUCGUCGGCAUGUUAAUGUUGCAUCAGCUGCUGAAGAGGAGGUGAUAGAGGAUGACUAUGCAGUUAUGUCUCGUAGUACAAGUCGGGAAUCCUUCACACGAGUUGCUUUGGGAGGAAGUUAUUUAGAUAUUCCUGGUAAUGAUUCCCAAGAAGCUAACCGAACGGUUAGCCAUGUUGAGCAGACUGUUGAUAAUGGGUACAUGUCAAUGCUCCCUGGUGUAGUUAUCCCAGUCUCUGGCCAAGGUACUGCAGUUGAUACUAACUCUAAACCAGACGAUUACAUGUCAAUGACUCCUAACAGCACUGUUUCACCACCACAACAGAUUAAUCCACGUGUGUCCGAUGGAUACAUGAUGAUGUCCCCUAACAGCAGUUGUUCACCAGACCAGCGUGGAAGCACAUGGGGAGGACACCACCUACCAGGAGGUGGGGGUAGUAGUGUGGACAGUAAAACUGGAAGUGACUACAUGAAUAUGUCUCCAGUCAGCAGUCGCUCUGCCUGCAGCACACCACCUGAAGGAUUACCACUUCUCCCAGAGGUGCCUAAAAUGGUUUAUUCUUAUUAUUCUCUACCAAGGUCUUACAAACACAGUUCUGCCAAUUUUGAUAAUGAUACUGGUAAAGAGGUCCAGGUUGAGAAUAGUAAGAUUAACAAUGGCUACCUUAGUAGACCAAGACUGCUAAACCGAGAUAUACAGAGCUCACAUCCAGCUACCAGGUUGCUAUCUUCAUCCUCCUUCUCAUCUGGCUCAGCCAGUAGUGAGAGUCUUGGUGAAGUAGAAGAACAUACAACCAGAGGAAGGUUUUUUCCUGGCUCAGUUUCUGGUACUGAUAAUGUUCUGAAAGAGGACUACAAAGGAGUAGCUGGUCAUAGUCAAGUUGGCAAGGGCAGCCACCGCUUUCGGCCAGUCAGCCUGUUUGUGGAUGUUGCCAAAGCAAACACUUUGCCCAGAGUCAAGGUAACUCCUUUGCUUCCUGAGCCAAAAAGUCCUGGUGAGUAUGUGAGCAUAGAAUUUAGAGAUGAUGUUGGAGUGCCUGCCAGGGUGCUGAAGAGGCCAACUUCAUGCAUAAGUGGCCUUCAUUCUAGCCCAAUUCAGCCCGACCACCUUGGGUCAGAGUAUGUAAACAUGGAAUUGGGCCCUCCUCUGACUUUUGAUGGUUACCAAGCACCACUGUCUGGCUUGGUUUAUGAGGAGAGGAAUUUGGUGUGUGACUCAAGACCCAAAAUUGACGAAGACCCUAAUCCUAAAUUCAGCACAAUUAAAACAUGUGGUACUGCUUCACCCUUGGAUUCUCCUUCCUUUGGAGACUACACAGAGAUGGCCUACAGCCCUGGGCCAAAGUUGCCAAUAGAAGCACCGGCAUCCCAGUAUGCUGAGGAGGACCACUCUGCCAUCGUACAGCCACCAUUGCCUCUUUUGAGCCAUGUUGCUUGUGAAUUUCCCCUCCAAAAAAUAAACCCUAAUCCAGAUCAGGGAGCUAAAGUGAUCAGGGCAGAUCCUCAGGGACGUAGGAGGCACUGUUCAGAAACCUUUUUAGCUCCCAUGGUUCAACAGCCUCUGUUAACUCAUUUGACUCAGUCUGCUGCAUCUCCGUUUACAGAUCAGUCCUCUAAAUGUCCUGAUGUGGAGGCGUAUGGCAUAAAUGCAAGUUUUGACAUUACACAUGAGCUUGCUGCUACCCCUCAAUCUUACAUCCCUUCAACUGCUUCAGUUCCAGCUUCUGCCUCUCCUCCACCCUCUACUUCUCCUUCAGGGGAGCAAGGACUCAAUUACAUAGACUUGGACUUGGCCAACAAAGAUAUCAUUCAUACUGCUUUAGAAGGUACAGCAACCACACAACCACCUGUUCGCAUGUUUACUUCUCUACUCAGCAAUGGAAGCAGUACUGCCUCCACUUUGAACACUUAUGCCAGCAUUGAUUUUCAUAAGUCGGAGGAGUUGCGAUCCUUCAAGAGCAAUGGAAGAGACGGCACAGACUGCUGAAACCCUUCAACAUUCACUUACCGGAUUCUGGGACACAGCUGGAUUUAAUUGUUGUUCCUGAUCUACCACUGUGGCAGUGAGUGGAGCAGUUAGACUCCAGAAGCUAUGGGUCACCACUCAUUAAUUUCAAAUACCCUUCUCUUUAUUGCUUCAUAAAAAUUGCUAAAAUUAUGGGGAAAAAAAAGUACUGAAUAUGGCCAUUUCAUAUGGGAAACUAAAUAAAUGAACUUUCAUCUAUAGCGAGAGACAUUGCCUGAAUUCAUCUUUAUUUAAAAUUUUCUUUUUUUUAUGGAAACAAAAUCCUGUUUUUUUUUUUUUUUUUUUUUUUUUUAAACAUAAGUGCCUCUUAUUUUGGUGACUAUGGACAUAUUUCAGAAAAAGUCAUCACUUUUCAAUGUAGAUUACAAAGUCCAUCCAUUUAUGCGAAAAGGGGGGAAAAAAAGCUAAAAAUAAGUUAAAGCCUUAUUUCCAUAUUUUAUAAAGGAGAAAAGCCUUUUUUUCCAAAUCAUUCAGUGCCUGGAUGCUCAUAAUUUCUUGAAGAUAUGGAUUCAUUUUGAUUGAAAAUGCCCUAUCCAUAAACACUUUUUGAUUAAUUAUCUCUUUAAAAACUAUACAAAUAAAAGGCACUGGAAAUAAGCAGCUACCUGUGGCUUAUUCCACAUUUUACAAAGGGAACUUAACAAUAUUAAAGGAGAUGUGUGAUAUUUCAUUUUUUGACAUCAAAAAUUACAUUGUAAAAUUCCUUUAACUCAUUAACGCACAAGUAAUAUCUUGAAGUGUUAGACUUGUGUCAUUUUGUUAGAACUUUUCCAACUAAUGUAAGAUAUUGGCUGCUAAUCUUGGUAACCCUUUUUGGAAAUGGAUACAAAGUAGCACUUCAGAGAAGGGUGUCACUUGGAAGCAGUUUCCACUGUGGCAUCUGGACAGCAGUCCAGAUAAACCCAAAAAUAAAAUAUUACAACACCACGCAAGGGAUAUACAUUUGUAGAAAAAAAAGGAACUUGCUUACGUUUUAAGCAGUUGCUUGAGGUCAUAAUCCUGGUCAGUGAGAUCUUUAAUGCCUGCUUGUUUUCAUCCUGCUCAGCUGUCGAUUAUCAUCUACCAGUCUUGAUUAAAGUAAUCAUUUCCUCAAUUUUUUUUUUCCUUUUAAGUUCUGUCUGAAGCAGCAGCUUUUAAACCCUGAUCUUUAUGUGUGAUAUAGUUUAAGGUGGCAUUGCAGUCUGCACUGAGUGACAGCAGGUCACAUAAAUCAUUGGAAAUUAGUGCAAGGAGUCUGCAGUUGAUAAAGUACAAAACUCUGUUAACAACGCAUUCUUAAAUAGAUUAAGUCAGUACUACAGUUUCUGUGGCUUGUGUCUUCUUCCCUGCAGGCUACCAUAUUACUUCUUUUCUGUGUCAUCAUGCUGAUAUUUUAAUAAUAAGCACAUGGUGACAUUUCUUGAACUUCUGUUUGGUGGAGUGUGAAUUAAACACUUUAUUAAUCAAAAAAAAAAAAAAAAGUCAGGAAAUAUUGCCACUCUCCAAAGCCUGAUUGUAAAGGAUGAAACAUUUCUUUUGAGAAGAAACUCUCUCUCUCUCUCUCUCUCUCUCUCUCUGUUUCUCUCUCUCUCCUCCCCCCCCCCCCCUUCAAAUUUUGUCAUUUUUACUAUUCUGUUUAGGCAUACACCCUUCUUUACCCCCUAAACUCUAAUCCAAAACAUAUACAUAGUAGUGAAUAAUUUUGCCUCACCUUUUGAGGGCAAAAAAAUUAACUCUCCAGAGAGCAAAAUAUAUUAAACACUACAUAGUCCUUGUGUUGUGGUGGGGGUUUUGGCCUCGGUGUACUGGUAAACUGCAAAUUUCAGUGCUCUUUAUUGAAAUUUCAUUCCUUAUUUGUUAAAGUUGCCUUUAUUGAAGAUAAACAAACAAGAAAAUAGUUUAAGAUCCGUUUAGCGAACGUUUUUCUGAAAUGGGUCAGAUGCUGUCACUUGUAAUUUAACUUUCAACUCUAAUGGAAGUUCUUCUCUUGCACUGUGUCGUAAACAGAAUAAUACCUUACAGGGGUCUGUAAUACAUAUAGCCAUCACAACCACUUGUGCUGUUAUUAGUGUUACAACUUUUUUUUGUCCCAAACCAUGUUUUACUCAUUUUAUCAGGAGUAAUUGUUUUUAUCCAGUAGUGCCUGUUUUUUCAUUAACUUAUUGCUGCUUUACUAGUUUUUGGAUUUCCCAACAUAGUCAACAAUAGUGAAAUCAACAGGUAUCUUUGCUCUGGUUUGGCUGUUAAUAUAUCAUACUCUUGUCAUUUAGCCUGCUGUUAAUAUGUUAAGUUUUCUGUUUGCCAAAUUGUCUUGCUUAAUGCAAGUCAGCAAAUAUACUCAAGCAGUUUUUUGGUGUAUUGUUUGUCAUGUUUUUCCACCGUAGAGAUUAGUGUUCUCUGAAAAAUGGAAAUGGGAGCAAGCUGAAGCUCAUGUGGCUUUAAUUUGUGUAUCCACUGGCAUUUUGGUCACAGGCCAGUUUGGAAUGACGGCUGCUGAAUUUCAGUCGAAAUGGGGACAUAUUCUUGACACACAUGGUGCACUGGCAAGUGUGGCUUUCUACCCUACAAUUAGGAUAGGGAAACAUUUCAGAAAUGGUUUUGAGUUUCUCAAAGUGGAACUAUUACACACAUGUGCCUUAAUAUAUCUAUUUUUAAUUUCUAUUUAUUAAGAAAGUAAAUUAAUAAUGUAUUAUCAAAAUUAGAUUUUUCCUAAAUAAUAUUAAUGAUGCUAGAGUCUUUAAAGGUUGGGAUAGAUGGUCUAAAAUUUAGACUCUCGUUUCAGCAGAAGUCUCCACUGUGUAUUUUUAAUAGAAUAAAGUUAAAGAGCAAGACAGUUGGCUUAAUUCAAAGUUGGCAUGCACACUAUUUUGUAUGCUUUGUCGUGUUUACAUUUUUAAAAUUUUAGUCAGAACAUUAUAGUUUUAAAUCAGACGUUUUCUAAUGAGCAGGAAACAUCUUGUAUGCAAAUGAGAAGUUGAGUAUGUUGUGUCCUUAAACCGCACUCGGCUGACUUGAUGUGUGUAAUUAAUUGCUACAGAAAAGAUGCUGUUUAAAAAAAAAACAAAAAAAAAAAAACAAACAAACAAUAGAUUGAGAGAUGAAGAUGAUUGAUGUUUAGCAGCCAUCCAAUUCACUCAUUCAAGCACCUCCUGGAGUGCUGUGAUACCCUACAGUAGUAGUAGUAGCCAUUUUAGUCCAGCUAGUCAUACCAAAUGGUGAAUGCAUUUGGCAGCUAGUAAUGUGCAAUUUUAUUUUGUAAAGUUAAUCUGCAUUAUAGUGUAAUGUGAUCUGUCUGGGUAUAUUGAAUCUUUUUGGAUAUUAUUCAUCUAUU